AUGGGCGAUUUUAAUAAUGUAACUGCCAUGAUCAGGGCUCUGAAAGAGGGCGGUAAUCUGGAAGCAAUCACCGGCGGCGAUCCACAUAAUCUUCAUUCUGGUCGGCUUGGUGCAUUCAAAGCUAAAUUGAAAAACUAUGCUCAAAAAAUCAAUGCGUCCAACCAACGAUCAUUAUUCAUAUUUUCGAAAAAUAAUUGGAUACGAAGACGAGCAAAUGAUGUUAUCGAAUGGAAUCCAUUUGAAUAUAUGGUGCUAUUAACAAUUAUUGCUAAUUGUAUUGUUCUAGCACUUGAAGAACAUUUACCGAAUGAAGAUAAAACCACAUUAGCAAGAUCAUUGGAGAAAACGGAGAUUUAUUUCAUUGGAAUCUUUUGUUUUGAAGCCGCUCUGAAAAUCAUUGCACUAGGAUUUGUUUUACACCGUGGUUCAUAUCUUCGAAGUCCUUGGAAUGCCAUGGAUUUUGUUGUUGUUGUUACCGGCUUGGCGACGAUUAGUAUUAAGAAGAAUACUUCAUUUAAUUUACGAACAUUGCGUGCUGUACGCGUCCUUCGACCACUUAAACUUGUCUCAGGCAUUCCAAGUCUUCAAGUGGUGCUUAAAUCCAUAUUAAAAGCCAUGGCUCCAUUGUUUCAAAUCGCUCUUUUAGUUCUUUUUGCUAUUGUCAUCUUCGCUAUUAUUGGCCUUGAGCUGUAUUCAGGCGUGUUCCAUACAACGUGUUUCUAUGUAAAUCGAGCAGCUGCAGACAUGAAUAGUGAAGAUUUAAUCUACAAAGGUGAAGGGCAACUCGCUACAACGUGUGGCAUACCCGGAGAGCCCGUGUGGGGUUGGUUAAACAUGAAGCAUGGAGUGUUUACAUGCAAUAUUCCAAAUGAAUCACUUAUAUGUAAAGACUAUUGGGUGGGUCCAAAUAGAGGCAUAACGAGUUUUGAUAAUAUUGGCUUUGCUAUGUUAACUGUCUUUCAAUGCAUAACAAUGGAAGGAUGGACACAAGUGCUUUACUGGACAAAUGAUGCAGUAGGAACGUUAUUUAAUUGGCUUUAUUUUGUGCCAUUGAUUAUUCUUGGUUCGUUUUUCAUGCUCAAUCUUGUUCUUGGUGUAUUGAGCGGAGAAUUUGCCAAGGAAAGACAACGUGUAGAAAAUCGCCGAGCAUUUGUCAAGAUUCGUCGACAGCAGCAGAUCGAAAGGGAAUACAAUAAUUACAUCGAGUGGAUUAAUCGAGCAGAGGAUGUAAUUCUAAAUGAAGAACGAACUACUGAACAGGAAAGGCGUGCGAUACAUGAAGCUCGAAAAUAUGCCGCAUUGAAGAAAGUUCGACACAUUCGGACGGGAAAACAGCAAAGUCUCGAUGAUGACGAAGAAGAUAUUGAUAAUGCAUUUAAUCGCGGCCGUGGAACUGGCGUUGAACGACCAAGCCGACCACGAACAUUUUCACAUCGUUGGCACAUCCAACAACGGGUCAUUAAGAGUAAAAUUCGUAUUUUGGUUAAAACACAAGCUUUCUAUUGGACUGUAAUCGUGCUCGUGUUUCUUAACACAGCGUGUGUAGCCAUUGAACACGAUGGACAAAAACAAUAUUUAACCGAAUUUUUAUAUUAUGCUGAAUUUGUUUUUCUUGGUCUAUUCGUUUUUGAAAUGCUUUUCAAAAUGUAUGGUCUUGGUGUUAAUCAAUAUUUUGUUUCGUCGUUCAACAUAUUUGAUUUUGUCGUUAUUAUUGGUUCAAUAUUCGAAGUUAUUUGGACGUAUUUUAAUCCUGAAGAAUCAUUUGGUGUGUCAGUUCUACGUUCCUUACGUUUAUUACGAAUUUUCAAAGUCACACGGCAUUGGGCAUCCCUUCGUAAUCUAGUCGUUUCACUUUUGAGCAGUAUGCGCUCGAUCGUCAGUUUGCUGUUUCUACUGUUUUUGUUUAUUCUGAUAUUUGCUCUGUUGGGUAUGCAAUUAUUUGGUGGCGAAUUCAAUUUCGAAGAUGAAACUCCAUUGCAAAAUUUCAACAAAUUCGCCACGGCACUGAUUACUGUCUUUCAAAUUUUAACUGGUGAAGAUUGGAAUGAAAUUAUGUACAAUGGUAUUAACUCCCAAGGUGGAGCGAAUGGAAAAGGAAUGGUGUAUUCACUUUACUUCGUUAUUCUUGUGCUUUUUGGCAACUAUACAUUACUUAACGUCUUUUUGGCUAUUGCUGUUGAUAAUUUAGCAAACGCACAUGAAUUGACCAAAGAUGAAGAAGAAGAGCAAGCAGCUGAAGAAGAAAAACGUCAACGUGAGACCAAAGAUGUUGAAUCAAUGUUUAAAUUAGACACGACAACAACAAAUACGCCGAAUGCAAAAGUGAAAAAGCCUGAUCAAGAACCGUUGAUCAAACGAAAUAAUCUUCAACAGACAACAAAGAAAGACUAUGUUGAAAACGCAGUGAAAACAGCUUUUGACACACCAGCAAAUCAACCUACAAGCAAUUCUAAAGCGGACGAUUAUUUAGACCGACAAAUUUUUCAAAAAGCCGAUUUGGAUUACAUUCCUGGGUUAGAUUACGAUCUCGGUCCAGUUCUUCUUCCAACCUCAUUGGAUAAGUUACCGGGACUUAAUAGUCCGGAAGCAAUCAAAGCUCGUGCCGAAGAAGCAGCGCGCAAGAAAGAAGCGGAAGCUGCUGCCGAAGCAGAAGCAAAACGAAAAGAACAAGCUCGUGUUGUUAAACCGAUUCUAGAAGCCAGCUCGAUGUUUAUCUUCAGCAAUACUAAUCCAAUUCGUCGCUUUUGUCAUUUUAUUGUUACUCUUCGUUAUUUCGAUUUCCUAAUCAUGACUGUUAUAUGUCUCAGCUCAAUUUCAUUAGCUGCUGAGGAUCCUAUCAAUGAAAAUUCGAUGCGCAACAAGAUACUUAGCUACAUAGAUUACGCAUUUACUGGUGUAUUUACCGUUGAAUUGAUUCUCAAAGUUGUUGAUCUAGGUGUCGUUUUUCAUGAAGGCGCUUAUUGCCGUGAUAUAUGGAACAUUCUAGAUGCUAUUGUUGUCGUCUGUGCAUUGGUUGCAUUUGGCUUUACAGAAAAUGGCGCAGGAAAAAAUCUUAAUACAAUUAAAUCACUGCGUGUUCUUCGUGUACUGCGUCCAUUGAAAACCAUCAAUCGAGUACCGAAAUUGAAAGCUGUCUUUGAUUGUGUUAUUACCUCUCUAUCGAAUGUGCUAACCAUCUUAAUUGUGUACAUGCUAUUUCAAUUUAUUUUUGCUGUUAUUGCUGUACAAUUAUUCAAAGGCAAAUUUUAUCGAUGCACAGAUCUAUCUAAACUAACACCUGACGAAUGUCGAGGGCAUUAUUUCGACUUUGGAAAUGGCAAAGACAAACCGAAACGCGAACAAAGAGCGUGGGAACCAUACGAUUUUACGUAUGAUAGCGUUCCGCAAGCUAUCCUCACCUUGUUCACUGUUCAAACGGGCGAAGGAUGGCCGACUGUUUUACAACAUUCAAUAGAUGCUACUGGUAUCAACCGAGGUCCGACACCUGGCAAUCGAUUAGAAAUCGCAAUGUUUUAUGUCGUCUAUUUUAUCGUGUUUCCAUUCUUUUUCGUGAAUAUAUUCGUUGCUUUAAUUAUCAUUACAUUUCAAGAUCAAGGACAAAAAGAAUUAGAAGAAGCGGAAAUCAACAAAAAUCAAAAAUCAUGUAUUGAUUUUGCACUGAACGCUAAACCAAUUCAAUGUUGUAAACCGAAACAAGAAGGCUCAUUACGUUAUCGAAUUUGGCAAACAUGUACCUCGUCUUAUUUUGAGUUCUGUAUCAUGGUUAUGAUCGCAUUGAAUACAUGCGUACUAAUGGCUAAAUAUUAUCGAAGUCCAGAAGCGUAUAAUGAUAUGUUAACCUAUGCAAAUACGACCUUCACUGCUUUGUUUACGGUGGAAAGUAUCCUGAAAAUAAUUGCAUUUGGACUGCGAAACUAUUUUCGAGACAAAUGGAAUGCAUUUGAUUUUAUUACUGUUCUUGGAAGUAUUGCUGAUGUACUUGUCACGGAAUUCCGAUCUGGUGGUAAAGUCAAUCUUGCAGCUAUGCCUACUGGUCAAAAGCAUAAGAACACAUUACUCAAUUUGGGUUUUCUUCGACUAUUUCGUGCUGCUCGUUUGAUAAAACUUCUACGGCAAGGAUAUACCAUUCGUAUUCUACUUUGGACAUUCGUACAAUCCUUUAAAGCACUUCCAUAUGUUUGUCUACUAAUUGGAAUGCUGUUUUUCAUUUAUGCUAUCAUUGGCAUGCAGGUCUUUGGUAACGUUCGUCAUGACUCGAGCAAAACCGAGAUUAAUCGACACAAUAAUUUCGCCAAUUUUUUUUCUGCUUUGAUGCUCUUGUUCAGAUGUGCGACAGGUGAAAGUUGGCAAGCGGUGAUGUUGGCGUGCAAAGGCGGUGCGGACUGUCAUUCAACAACGAACGAACGACAUUCUCCAAAGACACCGAAAUGUGGAUCAUUUAUCGCGUAUCCUUACUUCUGUUCGUUCGUUUUUCUUUCAUCGUUCUUGAUGUUGAAUUUAUUCGUGGCAGUUAUCAUGGAUAAUUUUGAUUAUUUAACAAGAGAUUCAUCGAUAUUAGGUGCACAUCAUCUCGAUGAAUUUUUACGUUCGUGGUCAGAAUACGAUCCUGAUGGAACAGGAAAAUUAGAAUACACAAAGAUGUUCGAAAUGCUUCGGCUGAUGUCUCCGCCGGUUGGAUUUGGAACGAAAUGUCCGUCAAAGCUAGCCUAUAAGCGUCUGAUUCGGAUGAAUAUGCCGAUUGAUGAUAAACGUCAAGUGCAUUUUACCACAACUCUGUUCGCCUUAAUUCGUGAAUCCCUCGGUAUAAAAAUGCGGACUGCUGCGGAAGAAAUGGAUGAAGCUGAUAACGAACUACGUGAAGUUCUAUGUAGACUAUGGCCAAAUCUAGCUAAAAAACCUAUUAAACUUUAUGAAGGCGGUACUAAACCAUUACUCGAUCUGGUUGUUCCACCUAAAACUGAACUACACGGCAUUCCUGGCUUUCCAAAACUAACCGUUGGAAAAGUGUACGCUAUAUGUCUAUAUGUAGAUAAUUACCGUUCAUAUAAACAGGGUCAUAGAAACGAUACGGGUUUCAAUUUGAAUCGACUUGUUUGUGCGUUGAAAGAACGUGCACAUUCAAGAGAAGGUAUCAAUGAUCAUGAAUAUGAUCCACGCUGGCCAUCAUUUCGUCCAUCAGGCAGUUUCCGACGUCAUGGAUCGAAUCGAUCAUCGAAUAUGGACAAUGCUUUUGCCAAUAAAAAUAAAAGCACUCCGAUCGCUCGACCAAAUGCACCGCCUGCGAAUGGAUUUGUGAACCAGUCGGCAAGCAAAGUCCCGAAUCUGAUCAAUUUCGACGAUGGAAAACGAACAAGUCAACAAACGGCUGAUAGCUCUGCUAGUCAAUCACACUACGGUCGAACUCUGAACGUUCCUGACGGUAGUGUCCUUUCAGCUCUACCACAAGCAACACCGGCAGCGCCAACCGUGCGACCACGACCUGCAAUUAUGUCAACACCGAAAUCAUCGGCAACAUCCGCGAAAAAACUCUCGUUGGAUUUACCACCGGCAGAAACAAGGCCAACGUUACUCGUCACAGCAGGAAGUGAUCAACGACAACCGCAAACAACUACAGCGCCUAACAAUCGUCAAUUGCCAUUGAAUGGCAAGUUAACUCCAAUUCCACCAGUUCAGCAACAACGACAGCAACCGCCUAUACCAACCAUGGCCAAUGCUACUAACAGUCAUCAGAUGAUCAGCGAAGUUACCACUAAGAAGCAAGUCAACAAUCGACCACGGACAGCAUUAUUUUUUACAACAACGCGAAAUGCAGAUCAAUCACCGUCACAUCAACCACUGAUAGAUAAUGACAAUAAUGGAAGCAAUCGAUACGAUUCUAUUGAUUUGCAUAACUCUGAUGAUGACAUGAAUAACAAUUGGUCUGCCGCUCCAAAGAUUCUCCCAUUGCCACCGACAUUAAAACGAACACUACCAACUCAAAAUCAACUACCACCAACAAAUAUCGCUCAACCGCGACCACUAACAAUUAACACUACUCGGCAACUACCACCUGUGCCAGUACAACAGUUACCAAAUGCGACUAAACCGACAUUACCAGCACCGUUUUUCAAUUUACACCAUGACGAAGACGACGAAGAAGUUUUACAAGAAACAUUCAAUCGAUCCAAUGAACUGUUUUAUUAUCAAACGUCGACUUCUUCAAGUUCAAACAAUUCCAUGGCAUCAGAUAACAACGACGAGCAAUUUCAGACUGAUCAACAAGAGGAUGAUGCCGAUGAUGACGACGAAGAUAAUCAACAAAAUCAGAGAUUACAAAGUGACGAUGACGAUCAAACAUUCCCUUUCGAAUAUGAUGCAUAA